UUUUUAAAUCAGAGGUAUGAGCUGAGGCCCCACCUAGCUGUUUCUUCUGCCUCAGGAGCGCCCUUGGCCCUGCUUCCAAUGGGAUGCUCCUUACGUCUGAAUGAUGGAGGCCUCCCUGCAACAGUCCACAAAUCCAGGGACUGGGGCGUGACCUGGGUGUUUUCUCCAAGGGGGCCAUGGCUGUGGACACCCGGAUGGGAGCGGCCCACCCCCAGGGCUCAAUCUCAGAGGGGUGGCAGCAUUCAUUUUCUUAGCCCUCUUAGCAAUGACCUCUGAAGAAAGGAACAAAUGUCUGGAAAAAUAUCGUUUCCGUGUAUUAAAGGAAAUUAAACUGGAUAAUGAAUCUAACUAAGACACAGUCCAAAAUCUAUAGCAGUUAGCUUUGCCUGGAGGAAAGGAGGGCGUGCAUUUUGGAAGGAUCAAUGAGUGCCUAUGAAGCGGCUCUCAAAGUUAACCACUUCCCAGGGCAGAGGAAUUCAUUAACCGGGAGGUUCUGUCUUCCUUCCUUCUCCCUCUGGGAAGCAGCGGGUUAAAGGAAGCUGCAUUCCCUUGCCCCCCCCCCGCCCCCCCCACCCACUCUGAGCCGCCUAAUGUUCAGGCAUUCCCUGUGCAUAUAGAAUAAAAUGCUGACCCAAUUAAUUUUGAAUUCCAGCCAGCAUCUUCGACGCCAAGGUGUCUCAACAGCGGGGAAGCCACGAGAAAAACCAAUAAUAUCAUACAGUCCCUUUCCAAACUCGUCAGAUUGCUUGCCUGGCUGUUUUGCUCGAUGCCAGGGCACUGACUGACAGGACAGUGGGGCGGGGUGGGCCUUGGCAGGGCUACCCCACUCCCAGCCCCACUGCCAGCCGACUGCAUUCUGCCAGACGGGAAACCUCUGGGUCCCAGCAGACCUGGAGGAUGGAGCUAACCCGACGGAGGUGUCCUCUCUCUCUCUCUCUCUCUGUGGGUCCUGCAGAUUAUAGGUCAAAACCAGGCGAUUCCUCAUGAAAGCAGAUGGCUGAUUCCAGCCCAACAGUGAGUUUGCUUACCUACCGAUCCAUCUGUCUCCCACGAGACAGUCCCCGGCUCCCCUAGCCAUCGGCGCCCCUCUGCAUACACGUGUAGACACCUCGGCAGAUAAUACAUGCACAGGCACACGGACGCCAUCAGUAUUUUGAAGUUCAUUUUCUUUCUUGAUCCAGGGCUUCCGCAAAACAAUAAAAGAUGACCUUUGAGAGACGGCUUCUACCCACAUCUAAUCAUUUCUGGGUUUUGCAUAUUCCCAUCCAAGUGUUUAUAUUUUCCAGAGGCUGGAUGCUGUUCUGCUGCCUGAGGUGUGCACUGAAGUUGCCCUGGGGCUUUUUAAUUGGCGAACAGUGUAACAACCUGGCAGCGUCCCCCACCCAAACUGGAAAAGAGGAGACAAAGUAAACCUCCCCCAGGGUUUGGUCUCGAUUCCACUGUGAUGAGCAUUUUAGAUCACUUCCCAACAGUGCAAUUCAGCGGACUGCUUUCUCUCACCUAACAUUCUUUCCCAAGCGUUUUUCUCCGAUACUAAAUAAUCUUUAUAAUUAUCAUUUUAAUGGCCACACGGAGUGACUGUACACCAUAAUUUACUUAACCAUUUACCUAUUGUUAGGCAUUUAGUUACUUCCAUUUUUCACUCCUUUAGGCUGGAGUGAACAUUUUUAUAUAAGCUAUUAAUUUAAAGCAGCACGCAGAGAUGACUUUCCAUCACUAAUCUAAAAAUACAGGGUUUAUAUAUUUACAACUCACAUUUGAUUAUGAAAUUUAAUUUGAGGGUAAUUAAGACAUUUAUAUUCCAAACAGCUCCUCCACAUCAAGCUCUCCCUGAGCCAGCCAGGCACAACUAUGACUUUGCCAUUUUCACCUGAAGACAGCACAGCCCGGCGGAUUCUAAAACACAGUUGUCUUAGGAAAAAUAAACUUUAUGAACUCCUGCUGCUUUAGGGCCAAGCGAUUAAGAACCAGAGUCUCUGGUUCUGGGGCGACGCAGGCCAGGCAGGUCUUCGUGGAAAACGCCGUCUGGGGUCCAUACUCAAUUCGAUACUCAAGGCAGCCGGGAUGGGACUGAGUCUGUGCCCAGGACCAGGGAGGCCUCAGGAUCUACCUGGGGGCGGGGGGGCUCUGUGUGACCUGCGCCCUGAUGCUUUGUGGCAACAGGCCAAGGAAACUGCUCCUGGGGCUUCCAGCUGUUAGACGCUGAGGUGGACCAGGGGGCGCCCCCGUGACAGAUUUCCCCAGGCAGAAGCAGGCCCUAAAGGCCUGGGGACUUAAGGGGAAGCACUGGCUGUGUGGCGCUGGGCACGUUCUAAAACCCAUCUUGUGCCCGGGGUGCUCGUUCUGUAGCUGGGGCACAACAAUAGCGCCUCCACGGUGAGGCUGUCUUGAAGAGCAAGGAAAAGAAUGCAAGUGGCAUGCAAAGGACAAUGCCAGCAUUUGGUGAGGGCACAGAAGCAGGUACCCCACGGACGGACUGCUCUGUCACUCUGUAACGUGGACACGGAGGAAUGAACAGGUGUGCCAGAAAGCUCCACUUGUCUCGUGGACUCUCAUCGAUAGACUGUCCAAUUCUCUUUCAUAAAAAGAUCAUUGUCUUAAUGGGAAUCCCCACAAGCCCUGCCCCCACCCCCCAACACCCACUAAACCGUAAAGGAGCGGCCUGGAAAGAUGUGUCAAACUCAAGAUCAAAGUAAUUCUUUUUUUUUUUUUGGUCUUUUUAGGGCCACACCCUUGGCAUAUGGAGGUUCCCAGGCUCGGGGUCUAAUGAAAGCUGUACCUGUCGGUCUACACCACAGCCACAGCAACACCAGGUCCUUAAUCCAUUGAGCGAGGCCAGGGAUGGAACCCGCAACCUCAUGGUUCCUGGUCGGAUUCAUUUCCGCUGCACCACGAUGGGAACUCUGAAAGUAGUUGUUAAUGUCCAGGAAAAUUCCAUUGUGAAGCUUUAGAAAAUGUCCAUCAGCCACCAGUAGAACUCACAACCUCAUCCGAAGGCAGAAAAAAUCAUCUACGAAACUCUGUGCUGUCUUUACUAUCAGCGGAAUUAGGAUGACUCCAUUACCAUUACUCAAAAAAAAAAAAAAAAAUCAGCAACAACAAACAAUAAAAAACAAUAAAAAAAAAUUCAGCAACAACAAACAAUAAAAAAAAUCCUAUUUAUCACCAUGAUUUUCACUAAUAAGGAAAUGAGUUUUAUAUACUUUGCAACUCCCUGUAAAACACAGAAAGGCUUAGCAAUUUUUAGUAUUAUUAUUUUGCCACUGGCAAUUAAUGCUUCUGAUUUGUUUUAUUAGUUCGCUGGUUGAGUCCGAGGCUCAGAAUAUCUUUCCAAACCAGCAGACUGAUGUAAAAAAAAUUAUUUCAGUGCCGUUCUUGGCAAAUCGUGAUGAUGAAUAGCGUGGUAGGACAAACUUAUUCAGACACACAUUUUUCAGUCGUGGCAGGGAAAAGGCUGAAAAAUUACUGGUAAAUUGCUUUUUGUAAAAAUGCUCUCUCUUUCAAAUUUUCCCCAGUAUGAAGGUCUUCUGCAGAAUGAUGGCACAAUACAUUCUGACAUCCCUGGACCACAGAGGCUUUCAAGAAUGACUAUGAGAUAAGCGUGAGGGUGAAGAUUUCAUUUCCUUAUUGUCCUCACUGUCCCCCAUGCUCUCCCUCCACGAGGUCCCUCCGUGCACAUCUUUUAACCUGAUGGGAUAAGAGUCUCUUAACCAUCUCUGUUAUCCGCCCUCCGCAGGCAUGCGCCCUGUCCUGCCCACCACCCACAUCGAUUCCAGGCUGUGCCUCUCUGUUUGCCUUCUCUCCCCAACAGCCUAGUUCUUUGAGUUUCAAAUUAUAGAGGGCUUCAAAUCGCUGCAGGGCCUGGUAGAGCACCCAAGACCAAAGAAAGCUUGUGCUCGGCCUUCUCCAAACUACCCCCGAUGUGAUCGUUUCAGAUUGAUUCUUUUAUCAGAGGGCACACAGGCUUCAGGGGUGUGUUGGCUCAGCACAGAGCUGGAUUUUUCCAGACUGGAGGUUCCCCAGCUGGCACUUUGCAGAGGCCCCACCCCGCCCUCACCCCACCCAGGGGAGGUGCGACACUGCCCUCUGUUCCUGCUCUGUCACGUGGCGACUUUCCACCCAAGCCUUACCUGCAGGACACACUCAGGCCGCCCCAAGGAUAAGGGUCUAAUGCAGUGCUUCUCCCCUGGGGACAGUUAUGCCCCCAGGGCCAUUCAUCUGGGGAUCCGUCUAGCAGAGACUCUGGGGCGGGGGUAUGAACCUCUAGUGAGGAGAAGCCAGGACGCUCACUAACACCCUUCCCCGCCUAGGAGAGCACCCACAGCAAAGAAUCACCCAGGCUCUGCUGCCAGGAGUGCCCAGGCUGGGAAAGCCCGGCGUGAUGGACACCCAGCUCUGCAGGGUGAAUCCUGAGGUCCUCUGUCGUGAUUUCCAGCUCACUGUUCAAGGCAUAAUUGAUGAAGCCCUCGAACUUCCUCUAAGCUGCUCACUCAGUAACACUCCCAGAGUCCUGGGAGGCGCCAGCGCCGUGCUGGCCUGAGACGCCAACCCAGCAGAGAUCCAGAUGUCAGGGGGUGGGGGGAGGCAGGGAGUCGAGUUCUGUGGCCCACUCCCAGUUGGGGGCUCCAGGCUUCUCCUCUCUUGCCCUUCGCUGAACCAUCCCAAGUGCUGGCCUGCAAUCCCAACUCAGUAAAGAACGGGGGACAUGGGCACAUGUCUGCCUCUGUUUGUUGGACACCUGAGGUAGGAGAAGCAGCGUGGCUUCGGGGGACCGGGUAGAUCAGGGUCCCGCCUGUAAGUCUUACUUGCUAUGCGAUGAUGAACAGGUGACAUAACCUCUCUGAACCCCAGUUUCCUCCUUGAACUGGGACGUGUGGCACUGUAUGGUCCUCCUGCAGCAGCGGAGCACCUGGAGGCCCACUGACGCCCAGAGCAUCAGUUCCUGUGAGCCCCCGGCAAGCGCCCUGGGAGGCACCCGUGUGGGUGGGCAGGCAGGCUCUCCCGUGGAGGCUGGGCAGAGCAGGGGGCUGCCAAUCCUGUUCUCGUUCUGCUCUCGCCGGCUCCUGUCAGUGGCCUGGCCUCUCUGGGCACCUGACGCCAGGGCCCCGAACACCCCAGAGUCCUCCCACUUGAGUGUUUUCUUCUCCAACACGGGGGGAAAACAGCGAAAGCUACCUCACAAACAUACUUCGCUGUGUUUUCUCGCUUUCAGCCCAACCCUCAAGAAAGUUCUUCCAUGUGCAAUAAACAGCUGUGAAGCUGCCUAAUAAGUGAAGGCAUUUUCCCCACUGGUAUCCCCCAGAGCAAUCACUGGCCACCUGCAUCUUUUUAGUUGCAUUUAAUAAUUCAGCCCAAGAUGAAUUUGCAUGAUUAACAUAAAGCCUUGUGAUUUUAUUUUCUUUCAGGAUUUAAAUCCUGAAACAACCACCAUUGUGUUCAUUUGCCGAGGUUGGGAUCAAAACACAAAACUUGAUUCUGGAAUGAAUAAAUUCUUGGGGGGGGAGUAUUUCCAAACCACUCUCUGCAGAAUCAAAGAAAAGAGUUGCUAACACAGACUUUGUAGAUGCAGGGAAAGCCAUGUCCUUCCCAAGGCUGGAAUGAACCCAUCAGGAGCCAGCCAUGCGGCAGAGAUUUAGCCCUCAUGAUUUUCCCAUAAGGCAGCACGGCCCACGGUCCCCCGCCCCACCAUCCCACAGCAACCACAGUGGCUGACAUCAGUAGCGUUCCUUCAGUUCCUCAUUGGAGGGCUCUCCACGUUUAUCUGAUCCGGAGCUAGAAUCCCCAGUACGUCUUUAGGAGGAAAGAGCAGUUCUCUGGGAUUCUAAUUACAGAUUAAUCACAUCAUCCUCCAAAAAAACAGUAAAAACCCCCAACGAGAAAGUUGCAUUUGGAAAAACCAUCUGCCUAAGAAGAGGAGCCUGUGUGUGAGAGACGAGGCCCAAAGCGGAAACGGCAGCAGGGUUGGGUCGCUUGAUGAAUAGCGUAAAACAGGUUUGUCUAAUGGGGAAACAUGCAUUCCUAUCAAAAGGAAAACAAGUGUAUCCCACAUGGAGAGGGAGGCAAGCUUUCAUAUCUGAGAAGCAUUUCAAGCUGUGCCUGCCAGCGAUUCGCUGCCUGUCUGGUUUCCCUUAGCAUAAAGGGCCACCUCACCUGUUUAAAAAUAAUUAGGGAGCAGGCAGUCGCCACGGCGGCCAAAAGCUGGCGCUGCCCCGCGUCUGCGUGUGCGUUGCUGUUCCACUGACACACGUCUGUUGCUGUUUCUGAAUAUGCAGGAACCAUGGUUAGUAAGGAAACCAGCAAAUGCGUACUCACGACGACGGCGACUGAAGUGGAGCCCGCCGCCUGCCUGGCCCUGGAGAUGAGAUAUGCCCUGGAUCCCAACCGGCAGAUUAAAAAGCGGAAUAAAGCCCUGCAGGUGCGCUUUAAGGAUAUCUGCGAGGCGCAGAACGAGCAGCGGGACACGCAGCUCGCCUCGGGGCAGCUGGGCGACAAGCGGGAGGCCAAGCCCGCGUCCUACCGGGCCGCCUACCGCAAGUACAUGACCGUGCCCGCUCGGAGGUCCAUCCCCAACGUCACCAAGAGCACGGGCGUGCAAACCUCACCGGACCUGAAGAAGUGUUACCAGACGUUCCCGCUGGACCGCAAAAAAGGAACGCUCAAGGGCAUCGCAGGCGCCGAUGCCUUCAAAAGCCAAAACAACGGGUUUGUGAUAGAUGCGAAAGCGAAGCGUGAGGAGGGGCCGGGGGAGGAGGCGCGGUGGGGCGCCGGCCGCGUUCAGAAGACCACGGCCUUGGUCUUCCACUCCGACGAGCACGUGAACGCGCUGGACCAGCCGGCCGGGCUCAACUGCGCGGACACCUGCCCAAGCCCGGAGCCGCGCAGCCCCCGAGACGCCCCUCCCCGGAACGCCACCCGGCCUCCGUCCCAAGAGCCCCACGACCAGCCCCACCGGAAAGCGAAGCACGACGGCGCCAGCCCGGACACCGAGGAGCCCGCUCCGCCCGCCCACGGGAGGGUGUUUAAGACGGAGGUGGCCGCCGUUUACGCCCCCAGCGCCAAGGCCCCCAGGGCCCUGUCGCAUUCUGCCCCCUCCAGCGAGUGGUCCCUCUGCCCCGCGGCAGACCAGGAGCGGAGGCGGGCCGCACAGGCCAACGGGCUCCAGGCCCCGCCGGGCAGCGCCCUGGCCUGCGCCCCCCCGACGCAGUGCCUGUCCCCGGAAUGUAGCGAAGCGCCCCUGCAGACUCAGGCCCCGCCGGGGCAGGAGCACCAGCCUUGUCCGCCAGCGCUCGCGGUGGGUGACGAAUGCCAACAAAUCGUGCCUCACACGGAAGUGGUCGACCUGAAAGCACAGCUGCAGAUGAUGGAGAACUUGAUCAGUUCGAGCCAAGAAACCAUCAAAGUGCUCCUGGGGGUCAUUCAGGAGCUGGAAAAAGGAGAGGCCCACCGCGAAGGGCUUUCAUAUCGGACGGGGCAAGACACAGCUAAUUGUGACACAUGCAGGAACAGUGCAUGUAUUAUCUAUAGUGUGGAGCUAGAUUUUAAGCAGCAGGAAGACAAACUCCAACCAGUUCUGAGGAAACUCCAUCCUUUUGAGGAAACUCAGGUUACACCCUCGCCUUACUCUCAGGAGAUUUACUCCUCAACUCCCAAGCAAAAAUCCAAAACUGAAUCUAAAAAGCACGGACGGUGGAAACUCUGGUUCCUUUAAAACCCAUGGUGUUUGGAGUCUCGAGGCCGUCUUUCGAACCCACUGGAGGUCACGGCAAAUCCUUUU